AUGCCACCAAAGUCUGCACUCAAAUCGCCCACUGCAAACAACAAGAAGAGAAAAUCAAGCCUUGUCUCACCCUCCCGAUCCAACACUCCCAAGAAGGACGACACUAAACAACUCAGGCUCGACACCUUCUUCUCCAAACCAAAAGUGAGAAAGAUUGAAGUUGAAGAAACAAAGGCUAUUGUUGUGGAAGCCUUCUCUGCUCCUCCUCCUAUUGAAGAAGUUGUAUUGGAUGAUGAAUCAUCUGUUGAAUCGCCAGUACCACUCAACAUACAACAGAAUGUCAUUAUUAUGGACGAAUUGUCCUCUGAUUCGACAACUUCCUUAUCAUUAUCUUUGUCAUCUUCAUCAUCUUUGGAAUCUAGAGCUGAUGAUCGAAGCAAUGAGAAGAAUAUUGAGGAAGUGAUCAAGCCUUCCGAAUCUUAUUCAGAAGCACAAGUUGUGGAUGAAGUAAUGAUUGAAAUGUCACAAACCUCUAACAAGCUUUCACCUGUAAAUACUGAAGAUAGCAUGGAUUUAUUCAAUGAUGAUUGUUAUGCACAGUUUUGUAAGCCUUCAGAAAACAAGCCUGUCAUUGAUUUUUCAUUUGGCAAUGUCAUGUCCUUUGAUUAUGAGGCUGAGAAGAGAUUACUUGAAGAACAUAAAAGGGAAGUGGCUGAAAGUUUCAAAAUUCAACAAAUUAACAAGGAAUUGAAUGAACAAAUUAGACAACUCGAGGAAGAAUCAACUAAGAGACAAUUGGAAAAGGAACAACAAACUCCUACGAAUAAGCAAAAGAUGGAGAGUAUGAAAAAGAUGUUGGAAGAUGAAGGUAUCACUGAUAUUGAUGUUUCAAUUCUUGAUUCUCAAGAAUCUAAUGAAGAUUUCCUAAAGGUCUAUCUCUAUACUACCUUACCAGAGGAAAUUCAAAGAUUUUACAUUUUCGAUAUUGCAAAAGUAUUGAGAAGAGAAUUCAAGAAUGGAGAAUCAUUUGAAAGUCUCUCACAAAAGGUUGAGCAAUACAGCCAAUUCUCUGUUGAAAAUUACAAACACAUCUCCAGAAAUGUAUCACACAAAUUGACUGCUGAACAAACAGAAGCCUCAAGUUUACUUUUCACAAAGUUCUCCUCCGUGGAAGAGUUCCAGGAACUGCUCGACGAGUUUGGAGUCAACCUCACCAAACAAAAUCAAAAGUUUGAAGUGAUUUGUCCUGAGGAAAUUGUACCACUCUACAAUGUUCUUCAAACCAAUUCCAAGACAAUUUCCUUCCUCAUCAAGAAGAUGAUUCAAUUCCAACUCAAACAACCAUGCAACGACAUUUCAGUAUUUCUCAUUACCUUAUUUAUUUGUAUGAAUAGAUGUGUUCCUCAAAGUAUGGUUCAAUACAUUCAAGGAAACAUUUUCAAUCCAUCCUCUGUACAGAUAUCCCAAGAAUUGAAGGAAAUCUUUGAUUCUUCUCUUUCAAAUUACUUGUUUAGCAAUUCCCUCCUGAGAGAUUUUAACAAUUGUAUGAAGUCUUCACUCAAUCCUACCAAUAUCAACACCGUUGUAGAAAUGGUGCUGGAUAAAUUUGGUUUCUUUACUAAUGUUCCUUCCCUAGAUUUGAAUCAAGUUACUCAUCACUCACUUCUUCAGACUACCAAGCACUAUUUCCCACCUUGCUUUUCUCAAUUCGUUAAAUCCAAACCAUUUUUCAACAUGUCUCAAGCUGUGAGAGACCUCUUCAAGAAGAUGUUUUUACUCAUUUUGACUCAGGUUACUAAUUAUCAAUUACUUUCUAAAGAUACAAUUCUCUCCUACGAAGGUAUUCCACCAACUGAACAACUUAUUCCCCUAUUGAAGCAUUCACUGGAAUUCAUGCGAAAUCUGUCUGAAGAGUGCCCAGUUGGAAACAAUGCCAAUUAUGCUUGCCUGCACAUGUUCGAAACAAUGCUCUCCAUGCUACAAUGCAUUUUCGAUAAGACAAUACCAAAGAAUUUGAAUGAAGUGGAACAAGAAUUCAAAGAGGUGUGCUCUUCCUUUUCACAGAGCUUGUCAGACAUAUUACCAGUUGAAAACUAUAGAUUCUUUGCCAAUUUGCAACUAAUCCCAUUCCUUGAUAGUCUGUUCCCAUCGAAAGUCAACAUUUCUGGAUCUGGCAUUGUACAAAAGACUAUUUCUUCAAUGAUUAAGAAGUAG